CUUGGCUCAAGAUGAACCUCAACUUCACCGCCCCUCUACACCCAGCGUCUUCUCAGAGGCCCACAUCCUUCUUCAUUGAGGACAUCCUGCUGCACAAGCCCAAGCCACUAAGGGAGAUGGCCCCUGACCACUUUGCCAGCUCUCUGGCCUCCCGGGUGCCUCUGCUAGACUACGGCUACCCCCUCAUGCCCACACCCACCCUCCUGGCUCCUCACCCCCAUCACCCUCUGCAUAAGGGAGACCAUCACCACCCUUAUUUCCUCACCACCUCGGGGAUGCCUGUGCCGGCGCUGUUCCCGCACCCCCAGCACACCGAGCUGCCCGGGAAGCACUGCCGCCGCCGCAAAGCUCGCACGGUUUUCUCGGACUCGCAGCUCUCCGGCCUGGAGAAGAGAUUCGAGAUCCAGCGCUACCUGUCCACGCCAGAGCGGGUGGAGCUGGCCACGGCCCUCAGCCUGUCCGAGACGCAGGUGAAAACGUGGUUCCAGAACCGGCGGAUGAAGCAUAAAAAGCAGCUGAGGAAAAGUCAGGACGAGCCCAAAGCGCCAGAUGGGCCCGAGAGCCCUGAGGGCAGCCCCCGCGGCCCUGAGGCCGCAGGUGCAGAGGCUCGCUUGGGCCUGCCCGCUGGCCCCUUCGUGCUGACCGAGCCCGAGGACGAGGUGGACAUUGGGGACGAGGGGGAGCUGGGCCCAGGGCCGCACGUGCUCUGA